AUGGAGGCAUUGAAGGAGAAGGAAGCGAAGAAAGAUAAUGACAUGAAUGAUGCAAAGAAGAAGCAGAAACAGAACGAUAAAAAGGAGAAGACGGAGGGCACAAAGAAAGACAAGACCAAGAAGGACCCGCCCAUCAAGUAUGUCCCGGUGAUCAAAGAGAAGGUUGAGCAUGUCUUUGAAACACCAGAAGCAAAGAAAGGUCCAUCGUCACCGUCUGCCCCAGACCCCAAGGAGACUAGAAAGCCAUCCCCUGCCCUGUCUUUGCCGAGCACAACGGCUGCUGCUGCCAACUUGAACAAGUUGCAGGAGAUGCUGGAGGAUUCCGAUGACGAUGCUACUUCCAGCAAUUAUUCAAGCGAUGUUGGUGAAGAACCCCAAGGUGAUGAAGGAGAAGGCUCACAAAGUGAAGGCAAGUCUUUGGGAGAGGAAGCAUCAGAAGAUGAAGCUGAGGACGAGGAGGAAGCAGAGCGUGAUGAACAUGAAGACAUGGAGGCAGAGGCUUCUGCUUCAGAAGAGGAUGAUGAAGAUGAAGGAACAAUGAUGCAGGAAGAAGAGCAGAAGGAGGAUGAGUCAGAUGAGCAGGAGGACGAGGAGGAGGAAGAAGAGGAAGAAUGCCCGGAAAGCAGCGAAGGAGAAGACUCAGAGAAGGAGAAGGAGGAGAGCAAAGUGAAGAAGGACGACGAGGCCCCCCAGCAUGCCCUUGUUGCUUGCACGCAGCAGACCCCUGCACCGUCAUCGGCUCUGGUCCCAGCUCCUCUGCGCAACAGCAUGACUAAUAAGAAGGAGUGGGAUUCCUUUGUGAGAAGCAAGGGCCGCUUCAAGGUGCAUGAGUACUAUAGUGCAAACAAGGUCGAGUGCUUCAACACGUGGUUAGACAGCCAGAAGAGCUGGGACACAGUAGCACUAAAAGUGGAGAGGAUGCAUUCCGAGUCAGUUGAAUCGACAAAGGGCUGGGUUGCUCAACAAGGUAAGGACAUUAAAAAAACCCAUAGUGAGGAAAAGGCAGAAGCAAUUUUCAAAUUGCGAAAGGCUUCGGGAUUAUGGUAUCCAUCAGAAGACUUCGAGAAUGACGAUGACGAAGCUUGGUACUACAUGCCAGUUCCCAAGCAGAUCACCCACAAAGAUGUUGUGACCGAGAAUACCAAGCUGACUGCCUCUGCCAAUGUGGAUGGCGAGAAUGGCUUGCUCGAAGCCUUGAUCGACCAAGACGAUGGUAUCAUGCGACCGGGGGCCAUGCCAAUGGUAACGGCAGCAAGUGCUGCGGGAAGCAAGUGCCUAUUGGAUGCUGUAGCUAAGGCGCCAUGCGUGAAGAAAAAGGCGAAGCCACCUGCGAAGGAGGCCUCAGAAGAGGUGGUUCCGGUGACCAUGGAGGAAAAGCUGAAGGCUGUGCUGGCUGACACUUUGAAAGAAGCGGGGGUUGCUCGAACAUCGGCAAUCACCCUGGCAGGGUUGGACUAUGCUGACCAUCUCAGUGAUGCCAUCAAAAAGCAUUACGAAGACAUUGAGACCCUCUACUCGACUGUGCAGAAAACCCUCAAGGGGAAAGCGUCAGAGAAGGAGUUGGGACAAAUCUUGAAGAAGGUAGAGGACAAAGCACAGGCCACGAAGAAGUUUCAGGCAGCAGCAAAUGCUUUCCUGGCGAAUCCGAAGAAGGGCAAACAGCGUGCCCCAAAGAGCAAGGUAGCGAAACAAGUCAACGAGACGGCUGCGAAGCUUGCCUCCUGGUCAAUCGGAUGCGCCAUGGAAGGAGUGAUGCCUUCCGUUGGGUUUGAAGGAGAGCCGUUGACAGGGCACCGACUGGCUAUGAAAGGGAAGCCCAUGGCUUUUGGAUGGAGGGCCUGCUACUACGCAAUGAAAGCAGAUCUGAAAGCCCGACGCUGGAUGCAUGGUUUUGGACGGUAUUACAAAGCCGGCUUGAUGUGUGACAGUUGCCUUGCAGAAUCUGGGACUAAAUGUGACCAUCGAAUGCAUUACAAAAACUUCGGCAACUCCAAAGCAUGGCCUCUGACUGCCGUAAGCCACAAGAUGUACAUGGCUAUGCCUGGCCAGCUGAGUCCAUGGAGUGGGGUACCCGGUUGGACCCUUGAAUCCACAACCUUUGACUUCAUGCACAACUUGUAUUUGGGUACUGGUCGGGAUUUGAUUGGAUCCACCUUCAAGAUCCUUUUACGGAGAGGAGCAUACUCCCAUUUGCCCUUUACUGAUACUGACUCCAUCCUAGCGUUUUUGCAGGAAGAAAUGGUGAAUGAUUGUGCCCAAUCCGGGUUGUAUCUGCCCAGAAAACCGACUUUGACUGAGACAAGCUUGAGCGACAAAGACUACUGUGAAUUGAGUACCAAAUUCAAGGCAUGCCACAUCAAGAUCAUGGUAUUCUGGGUGGCUAAGAAAACGCAGGAGGUUGCCGAUGGAAACCCUCAGGACAUUGUUUUACAAGUCCUUGCGACCUGUUGCUACAGCUUGCAAAAGGUGGUGACCCUACUCGACAGUUCAGGAAUAAUUUUGGAUGGUGAUACUGCAGGGAAAGCUUCAGACUUGUUGCUUCUCCACAUCAAGUCCUAUGCUUGGCUGGCGGCAUUCUUCUACAAUGAAAGAGUGAUGGUCUUUCGCAUACGUCCGAAAUUGCAUUACAUUUACCAUCAGGCAAUCCAACUUCGUGAGUGGAGAAUCAACAUAGGUGUGUUUGCGACCUUUCAUGAUGAAACGUUCCUGGGUAAAAUCAAAGCAGUGGCAACUGCUUGCCAUGGGAAAACCAUGACAUAUAGAGUGUACGAACGGUACCUCUUAUGCCUAGCUCUUUUAGUUCACCAGCACCAGAUGUUGGAAAACUCCAACAGCUGA